AUGAAGCACUUCUCUUCCAGUGUGAUUUUGAUCGUGGCCAUUUCCAACGCAUUGGACCCGGGAGUAGAAGCUGGCUCCAGCGGCCAGACGCCGGCUCGCCCGCCCCCGGGAGACCUGGCGUUCGGAAGUGACAGGAUCCCGGCCCCGGAGGCACGGCCCCUCCAUCCCCGGUCCUCCCAGUUCGUGCCGGCCGUGGGAAUCCAGGACAGCAAGAAGCUAAACAAAACCUGCUGUCUGAACGGGGGCACCUGCAUCUUGGGGUCCUUCUGUGCCUGCCCCCCCUCCUUCUAUGGACGCAACUGUGAACACAACACACACACACGGAAAUGUGGCUCUGUGCCCCACGGCUCCUGGCUGCCCCGGAAGUGCUUCAUGUGCAAGUGCUGGUUCGGCCAGAUCCACUGCUUCCCCCAGACCUUCCUCCCUGGCUGCGAGGGUCACGUGAGAGGCGAAGGCCCGGCAGCUUCCAGGACUCCAGGAUCUGCGCCAUCUGCGGGCAUGGCUUUCCUGCUGGCUGCCGCCUGCCUCCUCCUGGAGACCCAGGGGUAGGUGCCGUGCGACUCCUAAGGCCUCCGCUCCAGCCUCCGAACUAAAAGAUGAUCCUCUGUCCGCUGCUUUAAAAUAGCACACAGUUUCCACACCAAGCCCCACGCUGCCCCACACACCAGCGGCUGCUCCCCCUGCUGUGCUCUCCCA